CGCUAUUACUAUUAUUAUAUUACCAUCGAAAGCGAAUUUCGAGCAUGCAUUCGGGUUUUUGUAUCUGCAGAUUUUAGUUCAGGUUCGAGUGCUGACAGACUUCGCCUGAUCCGAAUUCACCUGUUGCCAUCCUUAGUCCCACCUGCAGAUAGCGCUAGCAGCAAUAUCAGCCGCCGCCGCUAGGCAAGGAGUGGAAGCCGCGGCAGCAGCCAUGGCUGCGUUCCCGGUCCUCCCAGCACCUGCCUGCACUUCCUUCUCUCCUUCGUCCGUAUUCCUCACCCCCUGUUCCUCGGAUGGCCGGAGCACAGCGCCAAGGGCGGCGGCGGUUCGCGGAUCGGCGGUGACGUGGGCCCACCGGACGCUCUCCGCUAGGUGGGUCCCAUCCGGUCUGGCGGUGGCGAGGCCGGCUGCCAGGAAGGCGCGCCUAGAGGAGCUUGAUACAUCCAACAUGCUCCUUCGCCAGCGCAUCGUCUUCCUCGGUUCCUCGGUGGAUGAUACAAGUGCUGAUCUCAUUAUCAGCCAGCUCCUACUAUUGGAUGCAGAAGACCAGACUAAGGAUAUUAAAUUGUUUAUCAACUCACCUGGAGGUUCUAUAACAGCAGGAAUGGGAGUAUAUGAUGCUAUGAAAUUUUGCAAAGCUGAUGUCUCAACUGUUUGCUUUGGAUUGGCGGCUUCAAUGGGUGCAUUUUUACUUGCUGCUGGGACAAAGGGUAAGAGGUACUGCAUGCCAAAUGCAAGGAUUAUGAUCCAUCAGCCAUCAGGUGGUGCUGGCGGGAAAGUCACGGAGAUGGGACUACAGAUAAGAGAGAUGAUGUACGAGAAGAUUAAGAUCAAUAAAAUAAUGUCGAGAAUUACUGGAAAAUCUAAAGAGCAGAUUGAUGAAGACACAAAGUUUGAUUAUUUCAUGAGUCCUUGGGAAGCCAAGGAUUAUGGGAUAGUUGACAGUAUCAUAGAUGAGGGGAAACCAGGGUUGGUAGCUCCCUUGGCAGGAUCUGUUCGGCCUCCAAAAUCGCGUGUGUGGUACUUGUGGAAGGCUUCGGGCCCGACCAGGAAGAUCAUGAAACAUCUACCUUCAGAGGAGAAACUAAUUAACAAUGGUAACGGAACAGCAACUGGAGAUGAUGAGAAGCUCAAGAGGGCAUCGGCAACCUGAAGACCUUCUAGGUCAUAAUAGUUCGAUAAUAGAAAUGGCUUAGUGCACUACCUGUAUUCUAAAUCAUUGUUUAAAUACAGACUAUGGGAGGAUGUUAAUCCAGUGCAGUGUGUUGGAUUCUGCGUUGUUUCAUGGGUGCA